AUGCAAAUCGUACAAAAAAGACCCAAGUCACAUAUGUGCAUUAGAAUUGUUCUUUGGAUUGUCUCAGCAAUCUUUUACUGCUAUUGGGGAAUAAAAAUUGCAAGAACUGAUUCAGCUUAUGCGACUAACUAUGAAACAAAGAUUAUUUGGGUAGCUUCAGGAUUCGCAAUUUACUUCUUGAUUGUUACAGCAUUUACCUUUCUUAUACUUAAAUAUGUAAAAUUAUAUGAAUUCACUAAAACACAAAUUUCAGGCUCAGAAUCAGAAAUGCAUUUUCAAUUUUAUCUACAUAAUCUUAUUGCUGAUCCUGAUGAUUGGAGUCAGCCAUAGUCUACUUUAGCUUAAAAAAAUGAUGAGUUAAAUAAAAUGUUGGGAAUUCCAUAUCGCCCUAUAUACCCAUCAGCAAGUGGAGCUGAUAACUUUCCCUAAUGUCCUGGCGCUAAUACCUAUAUCCAAUUAUUUUUCGAUUAAAAUCUAAAAGAUACUGGAAUUACAGUUGGUGAGGGCCUGAGUUAUCUUAAAGCAAUCGAGAAUGAUUUUGAGUGUGCAGAUGCUUGUGGAGAAUCAUAAUUUUAUACAUUCUCUAAGGUUUCUAAAGGUCCUCCUCCUAAGAACUGUACUACAGCUAUUAAACAAACAUUGGAAAAGGUUGCUAAUGUAACUUUCUGGUCUGGAAUCGGAUUCGGUGUUGUUUCAUUUAUUGGACUACUCUUUACUUUUUACCUAAAGUGCAGAAAGAAGGAAACUUAUUUUAAAGGUAAUUUUAGUGGAGAUACCUCUCUAAUAUAAGAUGAAUGA